AAGGUACGUAUUUCAAGUAGAGAAGAAAGGUGUUCAUAUUCUAGGCAAACACUUCAUUAGUCUCUAAUUAUUUCAUCCAUUAUGUUCACUUUUUGUCUACACUGCAGAAGCAUCUUAAUUUUUACAAAUAUCUUUGCAAUUAUUUUGAUUUUAUUUGAAGGCCUGUUUUCAGAUUUUUGGUCCAAAACUCUUCUCGAACUCAGAACAUGUAUAUAGUGCAUGACAUGUAAUUGUUCUCUGAUAUUCAGUUCUUAGUGAUCAAAUCAAAGUGUAUAAGUCACGUACAGAAUAUGAGUGAUCAAAUUAUCAAGCUAGAAGGUUUAUUAUUAGAUUACCUAUCUUAGAAAAAUGCAAAGUUAAAGCCUUUUUAGUUUGAAUUGUUAACUUAUAUAUGCUUAUGGUUUCUCUCCUCUACCUUGAAAUUCAUGAAUUUCCAAUAUCAAAAUGGAUAUUUCUUCACUCUAGCUUGGAUUUAUUAGUUAAAAAGAAAGUUUAUUGUUGAUACUGACACCUAAAAUUUGGACUAACAAUAUUUGUGGAACUAUUCUUCUCAACGCAUUUGUUGAAAAUUAGAAACCCAAUAUAUAUGAGUAUGACAAAAAAAAGAAAAGAAAAAUAGCCCUACUACAAUUAGAUUGACUCUGGAUCUUUUUUUGUCAAUCUCUUAUUAAAUCCAUGCUAGAUAAAGUCCAUAUCAUUUUUAGUCUGCUCUUAUUAUUGCCCAAUUCUCGUAUUAGUACGCAGGUCCGAGGCUGUUGCCAAACGUGACGUAUCCUUUCUGGGGAGUCAAUAAACCCAAUUAUUGCGGCCAAACAGAGUUUCAACUCACUUGCAAGAACAACCAAAACCUAACUUUAGUUCUCACAAACCUUUCUCUUCAAGUAAUCUCUUUUGAUUUGGAGAAUCAAACUUUAACCGUUGUCGAUGAGAGUUUAUUCGAGGGUCGAUGCCCAAGCAUGUCCCUGAACUUCACCGGGGCCAAUCAGUUCACAAUCGCUCCUACAGUGGAGAAGAUUGACCUAUUCAUUUGUCCUGCUUCUCAGAUGGUAAGUCCGCUUUCGGCGUUUACUUGCAGAAAAAGCAACGGGGAAAUUGUAACAUAUUACGCGUUUAAGCCCUCAGAUUCUGUUACGGACUGCGUAAAGAUGGGAGAAUAUCCAGUUCUUAGUUCUCUUCUGGAUGAGUUUCAGCGGUCAAGGCUUAAAUUGAAAGAAGCUUUGGUUAAGGGGUUUGAUCUAAGGUUCAACAUCAGAGACGAUCAAUCUUGCAGAGGUUGUUCAAAUAGUCAUGGAGUAUGCGGUUCCGAGCCAGUAUCUGGCAGUUUUCAGUGUCUCUGCUAUGACAAACUGAUACGAUUGAUGUAUCAAGAAGAAUGUGAAUGAGAGAAAGCAAAAGAAGACACGUGCAAGUGAGGAGGCACGUGAGAAGAAACUUGCUUGAAGAAGAAGAUAUUUUUAGGAUCUAAAAAUAUCAUGAACAAACUGAGUUCUAGUAUAAAUAAUGGCUCUGAAUGUUUAGAGAGGUUUAUGUUGUUUGUUGUUGAAUGGUAUGAGAGACUUAAGAGCAGAGCUAGUGAUGUGCUAGUCUCUCUCGUAUGGUGUAUUGAGAGCUGAGCUAGUGAUGUGCUAGUCUCUCUCUUGUAUGGUGUGUUAGUGUGUACCGGUUUGGUUAAGGAAUCGGUGGUAUCGAUAUUGAAAACU